AUGGCAGCAGCAGAAUUUCAUUAUAAUAAGAAGACAAGACUGGUGCUGAUCUUUGUCAUAUCAUUAGUUUGUGGAAUGCUUAUCGUCAGCUUCUUGAUCUUUUGUCUCAUCAAGAAGAGAAAAGCGAAAAGAGCAUCUGAUUACAAUGUGAAAGAUAUAGAGCUGCCAAUGCUUGAUCUGACUACAGUUACUAAUGCAACCAAGAAGUUCUCAUUAACAAAUAUGAUAGGCGAAGGCGGUUUUGGAAUCGUUUACAAGGGUACAUUACCAACAGGGCAAGAAGUUGCAGUGAAGAGACUUUCAACAAAUUCUGGACAAGGUCUUCAAGAGUUUAAGAGUGAAGUAAUUCUUAUUGCCAGAUUGCAACACCGGAAUCUUGUCAGGCUUUUGGGAUGUUGCCUUGAAGGAGAUGAAAGGAUGCUUAUUUAUGAGUAUAUGCCCAACAAAAGCUUGGAUUACUUCAUUUUCGAUCAAGAUAGAAAAACAUUACUUACUUGGCAGAAGCGCUUUGAAAUUAUUAUGGGCAUAUCCAGAGGACUUCUUUACCUUCACCAGGAUUCUAGAUUAAGAAUUAUUCACCGAGAUCUUAAGACAAGCAACAUUUUGCUAGAUAGUGACUUGAACCCCAAAAUUUCUGAUUUUGGCCUUGCAAGAACUUUUGGUGGAGAUCAAACUGAAAGCAAAACAAAGAGAGUAGUUGGAACAUAUGGCUAUAUGUCACCUGAAUACGUUGUUGACGGAAAAUUCUCAGUGAAAUCCGACGUCUUUAGUUUUGGAGUGCUUUUACUAGAGAUAGUAAGUGGCAGAAAGAAUCGGACAUUUCAUCAUUCCACACAUCAUCAUAAUCUUUUAGGUCACGUAUGGUUAUUGUGGAAAGAAGGCAGGGCAUUUGAAUUAGCAAAUGAUGUUGCAGAGCUAUUGUUCUUUGUUGAAUCUGAAGUGGUUAGAUGCAUUCAGGUAGGCUUACUGUGUGUUCAAAAACUACCACAAGACAGGCCAACAAUGGCAUCAGUUGUUGUCAUGUUAAGCAACGAGACUGUGGCAUUACCACAACCUAAAGAGCCUGGGUUUUUUGUGGAGAGAAAUUGUGCUGAAACAGACACAUUAACAAGCGAGGAAAGAUGUCCCACUCAAAAUUUGUUGACAAUAUCAGCACUGGAAGCAAGAUAA